CUGGAGUGGUGUUUACCCGCGGUGCAUGGUGGGUGCGUCGCCUCGGACAACCCGGGUCCCUUGGCCGCCCCAGGCCGCACGGAGCCAGCCGGGAGGCGGCGGCGCCAUGCGCCAGGCCUCUGCACCGUCUGCGCCCUUGGCGAGCUCCGACUACUACGAGAAUCUGGGCCGCCUCCAGCACGGGCUGCGAGACAGUGAAGAGAAGAGAUUGGACCUGGAAAGGAAACUUUAUGAAUAUAACCAGUCUGAUACAUACAGAGUUAAACUGAAGUAUGUAAAACUAAAGAAAUACCUGAAGGAAAUAUGUGAAUCAGAAAAGAGGGCUCAUACUCGAAACCAAGAAUAUUUAAAGCAACUUGGGCGUGUCCAGGCUCAUAUUGAACAGUUUCCCACAAACACGGAGAGGCUUCAAAAACUGAAGAUUGAAUACAAGACUCAAAUUAAGAAGAUGCAGCUACUCUCAAAAGAUAGCCUGGGAAUAAAAGGUGAACUGAAAGAUGAAGACAGAGAAAAGGUUGCCAUGCAGGCAGGAAUUAACUUGGGGACAGCCAUGUCAAGAGGAUUGUAUCAACCAGCAACAAUCUUUAUGGGCCGCAAAAUGUCAGCCAUCUCAAGCCUUGGAGAUUUCAAUACAGAGCAGAAAUCUCCCCAACCCACAAAGAACUUUUCAUUUCCUGUCCCACAUUCAUACCGACAGACAGCCCAGGGCAGUGAUGUGACAGACAGCUGUGUAGUACAAACUAACAGUGACACACAGUGCUUAAAUAAGUCUGACAGAAUAGAUGGAAAGACGUCUCUUCAGAUUGGUGAGAAGACGCCAGUCACAGCCAGUGCAUUGUCUGAGGAGGAACAGACUCAUGGCUGGGAGAGAGGAAGCAUCACAUGUCAUGGCAAGAGUAAUUUAUCUGAGAGCAGAAAGUCUGCUGAGCCCCGUUCCCCGCCACGGGAGAGAUUAAGUCCAGAGAACAGAACCACUGAUUUAAAGGGUGAGGGUGCCAGCAGAUCAGAGAGAUCAGAGGAAGUAAUACUGACACAGGAACAUAUCGAAGUCAUGGAAGAAAGAGCCAGACCUCCAGUCUCCCCCGUAUCAGUUUCUGAAUACUGUGCAUCUGAAAAUAAGUGUCCUCCAGAGAACCAAUCUGCUUGGGAAGAUUUCUCAGAUCAUCUUCCACAGGGGGACCUGAAGUCACAGAGGCCCUUCAGAAAAAUACAGGAAGAGCAGGGAGAGGAAAGUUUGAGCAGCAGCAGCAGCGACCUCACUGUUUCUGUGAGUGAAGAUGAUCUGAUAUUCGAGAGUCCAGAACCACAGCCAAAUCCAGGUGACAAGAUGGAUGGAGAAGACGGAAUAGAGGCCUUAAAACUAAUCCACACUGAGCGUGAAAGAGAUGCCCUACCCACUGAAAAAAAUAAUUGUAUUUUGCAAACUCUAAGCUGUCCUGAUUCAGAAAAGGAAUCCUCUAUUAACUCACCAAGAGAAUCUGUUCAACUACCAGAGCCAGGCUUAUUGAGGCCACCGUGGGGCCAGCGUGGUACCAGCUUGAAGGAACAAGAUGAUUCUCUCAAAGAAGAGAAGCUGUUUGAUGUUUUCACAGUCAGAAACAUGGAUCAGAGGAUGAGGGCAACAGCAUUAUUGAAAAAGGUCCUUCCAGAAGAGUGUGAUGAUAGGUCAUCCAUUCACAGUAAUGAAUCAUCCUGCCGCUUGCCCUCUAUUCUGAAUGACAAUAGUGGAGUAAAGGAAGCAAAACCCUGGCUGCAGCUCAACAGUGUUCUUACAAGGGAACAAGACGUUUCAAGCAGCUGCGGAGAUGACAACAAGGAAAAAAGUGUGGCAGCAGAGAUUCCAAUCAUAGAAACAAAAGCCUACCAGUUGCUGAAGCAGUCUGCCUUUCAGGACAGUACAAAUCAAACCGAAGACAGGUUUCAAAAGACAGAUGUUCCUGCAUCCCAGUUGUCAGGUUUGGAUAUUGGCCAAGGUGCGUUCAAGACAAAGACAACUAACAAAAUCACGUCGGAAGGGAGUUUUUCAUCUAGGGAAGGAAGUCCUUUGUCAAGACAUGAAAACAAAAGGAAACUAACUGCUAAUUUAAAGAUUAAAGCCUUCUGGGGUGAGUCUGACGACAGUAACUCAGAAAUUGAAGCUGCUUUACGUCCUAAAAACCAUAACACAUCCACUGAUGAUUUUGAUGAUUUUUAUGAUUAAUAAGCUGUAACAUCUGUUGGAAAGAAAAAUAAAAAGUCUUUAAACAAAUUGAAA